GUCAAUUUGCCCAUCUCCCUUUUCCAAAACCAUAAUCCUCGUAUAAUAUUGAUUCAAGAUAUAGUUCAUGCCACACCAGGCUCGGGCUCGUCACCAGUGUCCAGCGGAGUCUUACCCAACAAGGCAAAUGCCAUACCCUCUUUUCUCCUACUCCGUUUCUCUAAGCAAACCUAAAUACAUUCCUAGUCCAACGACUCCUUCACGGGUACGAGCUCAAUUCCCAAGCACGACUCAACCCUAACCGUGCAAAAUCUGACCGACAGCUCGCCUUUAAAUCGUCUUCACCCAAACGAACAACUUCCAUCCAGACCUGAGAGAUUGAACCAACCUCACUAUCUGACAGGUACAUUUGGUCAUGACAGGU